AUGUUCACCAAGACUGCCGUCGCUAUCCUCGCCGCCGCUGGCGCUGCCUCCGCUGCUGCCGACACCUACUUCGGCGGUAUUGCCAUCCACUCUGGCUCUGCCAUCCAGAACUCUGGCGUCUCUGCUGGCCUGAACAGCCUCUGGCUCGGCCGCACCCAGGACGCUUCUUGCGACUCCGAGACCAACUUCGCCACCUUCUACAUCCAGGACGGUGCUGCCUUCCUCUACGCCGCCAGCGCUACUCCCCAGCAGCUCUACGUCGACCGCUCCGGCAUGGGCCGUGGCAAGAUCGGCUACACCACCGGUGCUGAGCCCACCCCCAAGAACGCCGAGCGUACCGGCUUCGCCGUCAACGAGAGCGGCCACCUCACCUUCGAUGGCACCGACGGCUUCUACGCCUGCCCCAGCACCGAUGGCAGCUACGGCAUCUGGCAGCAGCAGUUCUCCGAGGACUGCAUCGCCUUCGCCUUCAGUGCCCAGUACACUGAGACCCCCAUCAGCUGCUCCUACUCCCAGCAGGGCCAGUAA